GGAAGGCUGGUACAAUUUCCUUCCCAAGAAACUCGAAAUAAUAUUGAGAUUUGGAUCAAAACCCUUGGGGGCUCAGGCAAAUUGCGGACGUUUUGCAGAGAAUUUGUUGUGCACUGAAAUUAAGCAGAGGGUCAAAAUGGGUGAUAAUUUUGGGUAUACUUACCACACGCCUAGAGCAAGUUUUGUGUUUAAGAUGAGAAAAAUUCUCUCUCAUGUUAGUGAUUUGUUUAGUGAAUUUAGCAGAUUCAUUGCACCUGCUUAUCAUCAUGAUAGAUGUGAAAGGUCAGUGCAGAUGCGACUGUACACCAUGCACAAGAGAGAGUUUGUCAUGGUGUUUAUCAUCUUCUUUGCAUCCCUUGGACUCGCACUCUUCGUAGGGCUGGCCGGGCCACCUAUCACAGCCAAGGUAGAGCAGAGAGCCUCACAGCUGACACCAGGACUCAACCAGUCACAGAUGACCACAGGACCGUUUCUGAUGAAGUCACCGCCACUUACCACCUAUGGGCAACAGCUGUGGGUCAUUGCCAAGAUUAUGAUAGAUGUGAAAGACAAGCAAUCCUUCCGCAAAGACUUCUACUUAAGUGUGUCUAUUGAGGGACUGACCAGGGAACACAAGGCAGAGACUGUCAUGUCAGCUGAUAAACCUCACAAUAGAACACGCACUCUAGAGUGUGACGAAAAGGAAUGUGGAGAAUUCACUGUGAUGCACCUUGGUUAUCUUCGAUACACUCAUUACAUCAUCACUGUUAACUUUUAUGGCCUCAGUGAAAUUCAGCAGUGGUAUAAUGUAGAAGAUGUUGUUUUCCAUUUCAAAACCUACAAUCCAUCAUUUACAAAACUGGAAAUCUGGAUUCGCUUCAUAUUUCUCCUUCUCACCUUCACUGUGGCUUGCUUGCUGGCCCACAGUCUCAGGAAGUAUGCUAUUUAUGACUGGUCCAUUGAGCAAAAGUGGAUGUCAAUACUUCUUCCUUUCCUUCUGCUGUACAAUGACCCUGUGUUCCCUAUGACAUUUUUGAUGGAGUCGUGGGUUCCGGUCUUGGUAGAUGCGCUGUUCCAAGCAACAUUCCUGUGUGCUCUUCUGCUCUUUUGGCUCUGCAUAUACCAUGGGCUCAGACAGAAUGAACGAUCAUUUACAUCGUUCUACCUCCCCAAGUUAACCAUUGUGGGCUUGCUCUGGCUAACGGCAAUUGUAAUGGCAGCCAUGCAGAAAUACAGCGAGUUGCGUGACCCUAUGUACCUAGCGGCCAUCGAGACAAACCACUUUCAGAAAUUCAAGAUCUUUUUCUUCAUAAUUGGAUCAGUUUACAUCCUGUAUCUUGUGUAUCUAAUCAUCACAGCAUACAGUGAACUCAGAUCAAUGCCCUAUUUUGGUAAGUUUUGUGACACUUGUUGAUGGCUCAUUGUGCUGUGUGUGAGCCUGACGAUUACAGUCUUGAGGUUUGGUGUUGGAGUUCUUGAGGACAAUUUUGUGUCACAGCUCUCGACACACUAUGACUCCUCAGCCCAAUUCAUGGCAUUCUAUGGCCUUCUCAACCUCUACUUAUAUACCAUGGCAUAUGUCUAUUCUCCAUCGGAGCGGGCCUUGAUGGAAACUCACAUAAUGAAGGAUAACCCAGCCUUCAGCAUGGUGAAUGAUUCUGAUGAGGAUGUUAUCUACGGUUCUGAUGAGGACACAAGACGACCCUUGAAUAGAGGAAGCAAUGACAACGACGAGAGUGAUUAACUCAUGUUAAAUUUUUCAAAGGUUGAGAAUUGUAAGAGUGAAUAUUACGAAAAACAUUUGCCAUGUAGGUUGUCAAAUUGUUGAGGAUCACUUCAAAAGAUGAUAAGUGAGAUGGCAAAUCUU